AUGACCACUACCAGCCAUUCAUACAUCAUAGCCUUUAAUCAGAACGACACAAGGAACGCCACAUCCCGGCACGAUGUAGACCCACUCCAGACAACUCUUCUGGGCAAACUCCUGCAGCUGUUCUGGCUGGUGCCGUCCUUGGUGCUGAUUCUCAGCCUGAACUGUCUCUUCCUCGUCGCCAUCCUGCGGACCAAGAAGCUAUGGCGGCCGCGAUUCGUCCUUCCCGCCAGUCUCUGCGUCCUGGACAUCGUCCAAGGCAGCCUCUUCAUCCCCAGCUCGGUGGUGAACAUCGUUAUGGGAGGGAACAACAACCCGGCUUGGUUCUGUUGGAUCCAGGCUAGCUACCUCUAUGUUGGCGCCGUGUGUACUCUCUCUACGCUAACGCUGAUGGCGUGGGACCGCUACCAAGCUAUCUGCAACGCACUUCACUACCAAAUGAAGGGUUCUCUGCGAUGCCUUUGUUUAAAGAUUGCGGCCUCCUGGACUUUUUCCGCCCUACUAGGUGUGGUAUACGUCACCAGGUUUUACGGGGAAAUGAAGGCACCCAGCGGCGUUUCUGUGGCGUACCCCUUUUGCACUUUGCUUGAAUUAAGUUUGCUACCAGGUGUAACAACUGACAAACGUUUUACAGCGAUUUCUAUAACUUACGAAACAACCUGCAUUGUAAUGAUCUGCCUUUCGUACGGCAAAGUGUAUCUUGAAACAAAACGACACCAAGGCAGGCACAUAAGGAACUUUGAGUUGCCACACAGACGCACGGACAAUGCAAUAACGUAUAGAGGAAGGAAAAUAAUGUUGAUUACUAAACGGGUAGCACUGUUAGUGUAUAUGACCGUACCUUGCUUCAGCAAUCCAAUCAUCUACGGUUUAAACAGUAAGGACGUGAAACAAGCGGUGGCGAGGAUAUGUGGAAUAAAGGUAAAACGUUGGACGAGAAGAAAUAGAAACAUUUACGAAGUGUCACGACCAAGAGCACUGUAUGAAGGCGAGAACGCUGUCUGGCAUCAUAAAGACGUCCAACCAACUUCCUGA